AUGGUCCCUCCCCCUUUUUUCCUCUCCCAGGAAUCGCCCUCCCUCAGACACGGAAAUCCUGGAACUGCUCCCCGAGUCUUCCCUGAGUCGGGGAGAGAGGUGAAGGGUCGGAGAGCAGCCUACAGCUCCUGGCAGGACCUGGGCCCCGGGCAGCUCCCCCUCCUCAAGCUGCUGGUGUGCCGCGGGCUCUACCCACAGCUGGCAGUGCCCGACGAGUUCAACAGCUGCCGCAAGGACUCCGAGCAGAUCUUUCACACCAGACAUUUGCAAGGGGUCGUCCUCCACCCCAGCAGCAUCUACAGCAGCAAGCCCUCUCUCCUUCACCCCAGACAGGACAAACACCGCAGGCAAGAGCAGGGUUCAGAGGAUGACGAGUGCCCCCAGCAACGGCUGCUUGCCUAUGUGUCCCUGCUAGAGACCAACAAGCCCUACCUGGUGAACUGCGUCGACGUGCCUGCGCUGCAGACCCUGCUGCUGCUGGGCUGCUCAGUGGACACCAACGCCGACUGCUCCCGGAUGGUGGUGGACAGCUGGCUGGAGGUGACCGUGCCCGAGCCUGCGGCAGGCACAACCUUGCUGACCACUGCCCGGAGACUCCGGGAGGCCUGGGAGCAGGCCCUGACCGAACAGCUGGAGGGGCGCGCCGAGACGGCGCUCGGGAGAGCCAGCGGGAAACUGCGCCGGGAGCUGGUGGGCUUCCUGGAGAGCCAGGUACCGUAUAAGCUGCGGCGUCUCACUGCCCUGGAGAAACAGAACCUGUAUGUGGGCCCCCAGAUGGUGAUGGAAAUGCCAGCUCUCUCCGCUGGGUUUGCAGACUGCCAGGCUGACCCAGUCAAAGGGGGCCUCAAAGUGACGGAUUACUUCACCUAUAACUGUCUGCUGGACAGUCAGGACCUUUACAGCGACUGCCUGCGGACCUUCUGGUCCUGCCCGACCUGUGACCUCUACGCACCCCUGACACCCCUGGAGCGUAUGGGGCACGAGGCAAGCUGCGGAGCCGAGGAACCCGGCUCGCCCGACCUCGAUCCCGAAGGGGUCCCCCCGGCGCCGUCUGCCCUCCAGGUCUCCUACCGCUGCCCGGUCUGCCAGCAGGACUUCCUCUUCACCCCCACGCAGGCCCUGAGGCACAAGAGGCAGCACGCCCAGAGGGAGGGCACGUAACGCCGACCACCGUCUCCCCGCCCGUGGGGGAUCACUCAAGCAAGAAUGCCACGUUGCGAGGGGGAGGCUGGAUUGUCAGAGGGCGUCCAUCUUGUUUGCCACUCGAUGUGCCGGCAGCGUGACUGUUUACAUAGGUUUUUCGCAAAGAAACAUUGAUGGCAAUCGUCA